AUGUUCGAUGAUAUGUCGCAAAGUCUUGAUGAUGAAGCUUUCAUGCACGCGACAAAUGUGGGAAAUGAUGAUUGUGUCGCACGAAAAAUGAUUGCGCAAGGAUUAUUUCGAGUGAGGAACAUGAAAGGCGAGAAGAAGAAGAAACAAGGAAAAGCUUUCACUUUUCAUCAUUGCUACAAAGAGCUUAAGGAUGAGGAGAAGUGGAAAACUAGAGAGACUUUUGAUGCUUCGAAGAAGAAGAGUGUGGUGAUUGAGGAUGAAGAUGUCGCCGUCGAGAGGAGUGAGGCCGAGUGGCGGAGGGCGGCGGCCGAGGAGAGGUUGGCGGCGACCGAGGAGAGGAAGGUGGACCUAGAGGAGAAAAAGGCCGCGGCCGAGCAGAUGAAGAUGGUCAAGGAGAAGGCACUCAAGUUUAUGUUUAUGGAUACAUCUACUCUUGAUCCCAAGGCAAAGGCCUAUGUUGAACUUUGUCGCGAUGAAAUGCUCAUGAAGAAGCCAAUGCUCAUGAGGCAAAUGAUGAUGGGAGGAGGCAUGGGAGGUGCCAUGGGAGGAGGCAUGGGAGGUGCCAUGGGUGGCUACAUGAACAUGAUGGGAGGUGUCAUGAAUGGUGCAUUUGGCGGAAACAUGGGAGGUGGCUUCGGUGGCAACAUAGAAGGUGGCUUUGGUGGCAUGGGAGGUGGCUUCGGAGGCAACAUGACCGGCAUGGGAGGUGGCUUUGGUGGCAACAUGAUGGGUGGCUUCGGAGGUGACUAUGGCGACAACAUGAGUGUCGUUGGAGGUGGCUUCGUCGGCAACAUGACCGGCAUGGGAGGCAAUGAAGGUGCUUCGGGUGCUCCUGGCAAUGAGACUUCACCGUUUCAUAACGUCGACAAAGAAGCCGGUGAUGAUGAUGAUCGUACCACGUGUGCCCAUGUCAUGGCCAUGGCCGUCCAGAAGCUGUUCCCCGACUCCAAAGUGACCAUAGGCCCCUGGAUAGACAAUGGCUUCUACUACGACUUCGACAUGGAGCCCCUGACGGAUAAGGACCUCAAGAAGAUCAAGAAGGAGAUGGACCGAAUCAUUCGACGGAACCUUCCAUUGGUGAGGGAGGAGGUGUCCAGGGAAGAGGCUCAAAAGAGGAUCCAAGCACUUAACGAGCCAUAUAAGCUGGAGAUUUUGGAGAGAAUUAAGGAAGAACCCAUCACAAUUUAUCACAUUGGAGAAGAGUGGUGGGAUCUGUGUGCUGGCCCUCAUGUUGAGUCUACUGGCAAGAUACAGAGAAAGGCUGUUGAGCUUGAGUCUGUUGCUGGUGCUUACUGGAGGGGUGAUGAGAAUAAUCAAAUGCUACAAAGGAUAUAUGGGACUGCAUGGGAGAGUGAAGAUCAAUUGAAGGCUUACAUCCACUUCAAGGAGGAGGCCAAGCGCAGAGACCAUCGGCGACUAGGUCAGGACCUUGAUCUGUUCUCUAUACAGGAAGAUGCUGGUGGGGGUUUAGUAUUCUGGCAUCCAAAAGGUGCUAUCAUCAGACACAUUUUAGAAGAUUCGUGGAAACAAACUCACCUGCAACGUGGUUAUGAUCUAUUGUACACUCCGCAUGUUGCGAAGGCUGAUCUCUGGAAGAUUAGCGGACAUAUAGAUUUCUACAAAGAGAAUAUGUACAACCAAAUGGAUGUAGAAGAUGAGCCAUAUCAACUUCGGCCCAUGAAUUGCCCUUACCACAUCUUGGUAUACAAGAGAAAGCUACAAUCAUACAGGGAUUUACCCAUCAGAGUGGCAGAGCUUGGAACUGUCUAUAGAUAUGAGCUCUCUGGUGCUCUGCAUGGGCUGUUCCGCGUAAGAGGGUUCACACAGGAUGAUGCCCACAUAUUUUGUCUCGAAGACCAGAUAAAAGAUGAAAUUAGAGGAGUUCUUGAUUUAACUGAAGAAAUACUGGGGCAGUUUGGCUUCCGGAAUUAUGAGGUAAACCUUUCAACCAGGCCAGAAAAAUCUGUUGGCAGUGACGACAUAUGGGAAAAGGCAACAAUUGCUCUGAAAGAUGCGCUAGAUGAUAAAGGUUGGGGAUACACGGUUGAUGAAGGGGGAGGUGCUUUCUAUGGUCCAAAAAUUGAUUUGAAAAUUGAGGACGCUCUUGGAAGAAAAUGGCAAUGUUCCACUGUGCAGGUUGACUUCAAUUUGCCUGAACGGUUUGACAUCACUUAUGUUGACUCGCAUACUGAGAAGAAACGGCCUAUCAUGAUUCAUAGAGCCAUCCUUGGGUCUUUGGAGCGCUUUUUUGGCAUCCUCAUUGAAAACUACGCUGGUGAUUUUCCACUUUGGCUUGCUCCAACCCAAGCUCGUAUUCUACCUGUCACAAACAAUGAGCUGCAGUACUGUAAUGAGGUGGCUUCAGAACUGAAAUCGAGAGGUAUCCGCGCCGAGGUAUGCCACGGCGAACGUCUGCCGAAGUUAAUCAGAAACGCCGAAACACAAAAGGUGCCGCUCAUGGCGGUCGUUGGCCCCAAGGAAGUCGAAGCUAGGACUCUCACCAUCAGGCGGGGGACCCGACCCGACCCGAUUGAUUGGGGCAUCGCUCGCUGCGGGUGGGACGGCGUCGUGCGGAUCUAUGAUUGGAGCGUGAUGGACGGACCAAAUUUUACCGGGCAAGUCGACAACACCUGGGACAAAAACCUGCAGGCUGGAGGACACUGGGAUAGAGCCGUCAUCUUCCUGGGCGGAAAGGGUGGAGAAACGUGGAUUACCCCUAAAGCCUUUGCAGCUAUUUGUAAUUCGCGAUUUAUAAUUAUGAAGCGUGGCACUUCUAAUGCCAGGAUUGCUAUGGGGAAAAUUAAUUGCGGCGAGCUGGAGGAGGAAGACGAGGACGGCGAGAAGGUCCCCGAGCACAUCGACCUCGGCCCCAUCCUCAGCAUCAAGGACCAGCUCGAGAAGGACAAGGACGACGAGAGCCUGAGGAGGUGGAAGGAGCAGCUGCUCGGCAGCGUGGAUUUGAACUCCGUGGGAGAGACGCUGGAGCCGGACGUGAAGAUUAUGAGCCUGUCCAUCCAGUCCCCCGGGCGGCCGGACAUCUUCCUGCCGCUGCCGGUGGAGCCCAGCAGCGGCAAGGGGGUGUGGUUCACCCUCAAGGAAGGCUCCCCGUACAAGCUCAAGUUCACCUUCUCCGUCAGCAACAACAUCGUCUCCGGCCUCCGCUACACCAACACCGUCUGGAAGACCGGCAUCAAAGUUGACAGCACAAAGGAGAUGCUGGGCACGUUCAGCCCGCAGCCGGAGCCGUACGCGUACGUGACGCCGGAGGAGACCACGCCGUCCGGGAUGUUCGCCCGGGGAUCCUACUCUGCCAAGACCAAGUUCCUGGACGACGACCGGAAGUGCUACCUGCAGAUCAAUUACACCUUCGACAUACGCCGGGAGUGGCCGUCGUCAGGCUGAGUCCGACCUGUGUGGCCGCCGUGUAGAAGUGAUACGUGCCUGCCUGCCUGCCUGCCUGGGUUACUACUGUUGCCGUUGAAGCAGAUCGGUCUUUGUUUCGCUUGCGUUUUACUACCUGUUUUUCGUGGUUGCCCUUAGGGCUCUUGUUUCCUGUGGUGCGUCCGUGCGUGUAAAUUGGUUCGGUUUAUGUGUAAUGCCAGUGCGUCCCCGUGUCUGUGUGUGUGAGAGAGCGCUUUGCCAGGGUCUGUUUUGAAGAACGAGCUGUAAUGUUGAGUUCAUGUAAUGCACCGGAGCAAUGCAGCUGCACGCACUUCGUGUAAUGCUCGAGAAAGAAAGGAUUAUUUGCCACUCA